CUUUCCUUGUCUUUUAAUACUCAAGAGAGAGAAAAGAAAGAGAGAUUUUCUUCUACGUCUCUCUGUUUUUGGGUUUUCCUUUCUCUUGGGUUUUCUUGCUUCCUUCUCUGCUUUGCAAAGGAAGCGAGAGAGAGAGAAGAGAGAGAAUUUAGAGAAUUCGUCUGUCCGAGCGCUAUAAUUCAGCGAUAAUAUCUGUUCUUCGCGCUCGGGCAGAGUCUCCAGUCUAUCGUGCUUUUUGGGCUUUUGAUUGUGGAAGAAGAAGAUGACGAUGGUUGAGAACUGCUUCGAUCGGUGGCAGAAGGAUGAGUUCUUCUCCGCGGCUGAGGCAGUGCAGGAAUCCGCCGACGUAAUGGUAUCUAUUUAUCGGACUUGGGAACGGGAACGGAGAGAAGGGUUUCAAUCAGAUGAUUCAGAUGAGCUCCGUAGAGAGCUACAUACAACCUUAGGCACUGCAAAAUGGCAGCAGCUGGAGGAGUUCGAGAAGGCUGUCAAAAUGAGCCAUCGAUAUGGUUCCUCUGACCAUACAGUAUCCAGACAUAGACAAUUCGUCAUUGCGAUAGAAGACCAAAUAUCCCGUAUAGAAAAGGCGUUACAGGAUUCUCUUAUCGAGGAAGGGAAGCAACCGCUGCGAUGGGUACAAUUGGAUGAAGAAGAACGAGAUGAUCUUGCAGCGUUUCUUUCUUCAGCCCCAGGAACGUUGCAAGAAAUAAAGAAUGGACAUUCCAGCUUUGGGCCUACCAUGGAAAACAAUUACCUGGGAACUCAACCAACAGAAGACGCAGAAAUUCAUGUAGAUGCUGACUUUGUUAAGGGUUUCAAAGAGAUUGUAACAAUUAGUAAGGACGCAAGCUAUGUAGUAGAAUUAGAAGCGAAAGAACUUCCCAAAACGAAGGAUGAGAUGCACAAUUAUGGAGAGGGAUCAAAUGGACCAACGAGAACAUGGAGUUCGCCAGAUAUUGGUUCUUGGAAGAUUGUAAUUGCUGACGAGGAUGUGGAGAGGAAUACAUCAGAGGCGAGGCCAGAAACUCCUACUCAUGCUUUUAACGUCUGUGGUCUUGUAACAAGCAUCGAGUCCACAACCAAAUCAAAGUGGCUGAGAAACAACUUCCGAAAGGCCAAGGCUGGCGAGCAUCUCCUGCCAAAACGAGUAUCAAGUUACCUCAACUCGAGAGGAAUUACUCGGUUUUCUCAGGGAAUAAACAUGUUAACUGAAAGAAGCCGGAAUUGUUUUAGCAGCUGCAAGGAAGAUUCUAAUGUUUCUCAUGUUCAGCAACUCUUUGGACGAGUUGGAGGAUUUAAACGACAAGUACAAGGCUCCCAAUAUUACAUGCAGUUUGGACGUUCUCUCCAAAUCACUUUAGUGAUCAUGCUAACCAUUUUCAUAAUUGUACCAUUUAUGUUCUAUGCAAAUUGAAGGGGUCGCAUUUCAGUGUUGCUUCUCAUGAUAAGAGGUUCUGAGAUCCUGGACAAGGGAGGAAAUCUGUGGAGAGGCAAAACUCCAAACACAGGACAAGACUGCCUGAUUUACAUCGACGCAGCCUUGCCUCUAUGGAUCUUCACUUCUAAGAGCUGGAAGAAAUGCCCGAGAGCAGAAGCCUACUAUCUUUUGUUCUCUCUCUCUCUCUCUCUCUCUCUCUCUCUCUCUCUCUCUCUCUCCUCGCACUAGCUUCAAGUGGGUCCAAUGUUGCUUGAACAAGAAACCAUGGAAUCAUCUAGAACAGCCAUCGUCCUUGUGGAAUAUCUAGCCUUUUGUUUUUCCUUUUCUUUUCAGACAAGCCAUUGUUAGGAGACAAACUGAAGAUUGCAUUAUAAGAAUUACAUUAGUGGAUGGAUUUGCUCA